AUGAAGGAGAGCGACGAGUCCCUCCGGCAACUGGCAGCGGAGCGAGACGAGACGGAGCGCGAGAAGUGGAACAUCCUGAAGCACGCGCGGGACGAGUCUGAGCGAGUCGUCAAACUCUCGGCCGAGCUCGGGGUCAAGGAAACCACCAUCAGGAAGCUCCAGGAAGAACUCGAUGCGGUCCGCAAACAGCUCAUCUCUAUGGGAUAUCACAGUGAUGCCGAGUCUGUCAGGACCAACGGGCUGCCCACGCCCACCGCUUCAACGCCCGCGUGUUCUCCCUUGCCCCUCUCCACGCCCACGCCCACACCCAACGGCCGAGGCUCAUCUGCUGAUUCGGGCGUGAGGCUGUCGAGUGAUCGGGAUUCCACGGCUAGUCAUGAAGGCACACCUACCAUUACUGUGGAACGAGGAUCUCUGGACUGUGACACGCUAUCCAUAUGCUCCUCAGCCACAGCUGCUUCCCACUACUACUAUGCAUGUGGACCAGGAACCCCUAAGGAAUCCCCGUCUCUAUCUCCUCUGUACGCCACGCCAGUAUCUCUGCGAGGGGAGGACCGCGAGGACCGGGGCGGGGACAACACCCCCACCAGCGCCCCGACGCAUUCGGCCGCAAGUCUCAACUCGUCGGCAAUGAGUGGACUUGCGAGCAGCAAUGCCAGUACGGGGGGGCUGAGUCGGUCAGCGGAACAGCUUUGCGAACGCUUAGCCGAAGCCGCGGAAUCGUCAAAGAUAAGAGGUUGUAGCACACUCACGAGGAAGAGCCACAAGGGAGGAGGCACUUGGGGGUCCAUCUCGAGAGUGUUCGCUCGCCAGAAGAAGCGUGCGGCCCUUGAUGCCUCGUUAUAUGAUGGAAGCGCGAGUGACAAGCGUGCCUCGUGGUCCCCAAGUUCAUCUCUGUGUGCCUCGCCCCUUACUGAGGAGAGUUACUCCGAGAAGCUCAGAUUACUCGAGGAGGCUCAGCACAUUCCUCUUGAGAGAUGGAAAGCCCCAACUGUCCUAGCCUGGCUGGAAGUAACCCUUGGCAUGCCUCAGUAUGGUGCCAUGUGUGCAGAGAAUAUUCGAAGCGGAAAGGUUCUCCUAGAGCUCAGCGACUCUGAGUUAGAAUCCGGCCUUGGGAUCUCGCACCCGAUGCACCGCAAGAAGCUAAGGCUAGCCAUCGAGGAGCUUCGCGAGCCGCGGCUGUCUCGCUUCCCCAGAAUCUCCGCACUCAAUCACACUUGGGUUUCCUCCGAGUGGCUUCCAGACCUUGGCCUUCCUCAGUAUGCCGAUGCCUUCGCCAACAACCUCGUGGAUGGGAGGCUGCUGGAGGCGCUCACGAAGAAGGAGCUGGAGAAGCACCUGGGCGUUCACCGGAAGUUCCACCAAGCUUCGAUCAUUCACGGUGUCCAUCUGUUGAGAAUCGUCAGAUUCGAUAGACAGGUGUUAGCGGAGCGCCGACGGCAGAGCGAGCACGUGGACUGCGACCCCGUCGUGUGGACGAACGUGCGGUGGGUCCGGUGGGCUCGCUCGGUCGACCUGGCGGAGUACGCAGAUAACCUCAAGGACAGCGGUGUUCACGGCGCCCUCGUGGUUCUGGAGUCGUCCUUCACUGCAGACACGAUGGCCACGGCGCUGGGCAUCCCGCAGUCCAAGAAUAUAAUCCGCAGACACCUGGCAACCGAGAUGGAGGCGCUUAUUAACCCCGCCAGACAGCAGAUUGAAGAACAGGCCCGCUUCGCCAAAAUGGAGCGGCGCCGGCAGGAGAAAAUGGCGGCCGGAGGGAGCCUUGGCCGGUCCUUCUCCAGAAGCUACGGCACGGGGCUGGAGAAGGGCGAGAAGGACAAGAGGCGAGCUUCCUUGAGAGGAUCUCUCAGCCGUGCUCUGGGCCUUCGUCUACGAGAGGAAGCUGCCGCAGGAAACCAUAACGGAGGUGAAUCUUCCUCUUCUGGUGGCCAGUCUCCUGCUGUCUCUGCAAGGACAAAUAUUCACCAUCCUCACCACACACGGCCGCGGUCCUCCGUCAUGCCUUCUGCUGCUUAUGUGCACCAUGAGACUCACCGUCGCGUAAAGAGUAUCGGAGACAUUGAGACUAUAACUGUGACCCCUGUUUAGCAAUACUCUUGCCAGCGAUCACGUGACUGGUUCGCUGAAAGUGGUGGUGGUGGUGGUGGUGGAGGUGGUGGCGGAGUUUGCACAUUUCUGUGUUCUCCAGUUUUUAAUGUGUUUAAUUAAGCACAGUAACCAACUUAUCAGGGUGAAUAGGAUGUAGAAGUGUGAAAACAAAGAGCAUGUGUGUAACGUAAAUUUUAAAAGAGCUUAAUAAAGAUCUCUUAAGUGUUGAAAGAGGUUCUUGUGCCAGCAGCUUUGGCAGCAUAGAAAUAAGUGUUGGUUAAGUCUCUUUACUAAUGUAUAUCAUAUGUACAUAUGAAGUAGCUGCCAAACCUUAUAUUCCAAGAAAUUACAAGACAUGAUAAAAUGCUCAGCACUGAGUAUACUGCCAGUUGAUGCAACAUCACAUGGAAACACAAAUUCAUAUCGAAGAUGUUUCUUCUAAUUUCAUACUAGUCGAGUACAACAUUUUCAACAGCCCCAGGGACCACAAGCAAAUUGCCUUUUCUUUGUGGUUAGUUGUCAGGCUGAAUGUUGAAGAAUUGCAAUCAUGCAUGGCGUAACAAGAUGCUGAUGCAGGACAUAGUUACAAGUGCACCCCAGAAUUUAUACCAAAGUUUUGGAAAGUAUAACGUGCACCCACCUAGUAUGAGUAGGGAAAUAGCCAUAAGAAUGUAUUGACUAAGUGAGAUGGAAAAAAAAUAAUGGAUAGAGAGACACAGAUCUGGAUGUUCUGCUCAAAAAAAUUAUCAUUAAGUUAAAAUGAAAACAGAGACCUGACAAGAGAUUUGAACAAAGACAGGGACCAGGCAACGCGCCAUAAUACAGGGUUCCAGUUCAAACACAUCUGAAGUAUCAGGACAAAACCAUGGUCUUCAUUUUGCUACCACAGUCAUAUUUGUUAGUCCUUAUCUAUCAUGCUCCUGUGAACAACUGUGAGAAGGCUCGAAUGGAAGCAGUUAUAGUGACAAGACUGCAAUUUCUGGCCCUUGAGUAGUAGCAAGAGUUAGGAUGAAUUUGUGUACAGCCUAUGUAUCUUUUGUACUUAAACAGCAAUGAGUGUGUAUGUACUGCUAUGUGAGUUUUAUAACUACUUUAAUGUCCUAUUAAUCACUUGGUUGUCGUGUAUUUGAAUUUUAUGUAUAGAGGUCCUUAAUCUGAGUGUACAUUUUUUCUUCGACAACUGAGAGGUCACUGAUUAAACAAUAUUAUUUUUUGCUUUAGAGUAGAUUGGUAGUUAUCAGUAUGCUGCUGAGCACAAUAUUACAGGUUACUUUAUGAAAGUUCAUAUUUAUUAGCAAUGUAUACUGAUUGAGCUCGACAGAAAUUGCAUACUAUUUACUGUGUGUGUUAUGUCAAUAAUGAAAUUUCUCCUAUUGUGAAUGUUACUAGUCAGGUUCCAUUUAAUUGACAAAGGGAAAUUGUUCAGCAUAUGUGACCAUGUCAGGAGUUGCAUGAUCAUAUAGCAUCAUAUUUAUAUGAUAUGGACAUAGAUAUUUGAAUAUUUGUAUUGAAAAUAGUCUUGGCAAUUACCCAGAUAACAUUAUGUCAUACGCUGAAUCUCUAAGCUUCUUGCCAGGAAUCAGUUGGUACAAAACAAAUAUCUAUGCUAAUGAAAAUGCUGUUUUAUCCCAUCAUUAACUAACAUUGAGAAAUGCUGUAUAUCAAUGACAGGAAGGAAAUGCAGCUUUAUGGUUUAUAUUCUACAAUUAUUGUAAAUGUUGAUGUGGCCACAUAUUGUUGACUGUAAGCUUUGCAUUUCUAUUGGAUGCAGCCAUUGCUUUACCUACACAAAGUGAAAACUUUGAGAGAAAGUAAUAUAUAAUCUAGACAGGAAUUUGAUCAGAAUUCUGCCCUAAAAGUCCUUGACAACGUUUUACUGCUCCAAGAACUUCGCUUAGUUUCAAACUUCUGUAAUGACUAAAAUUGAAAAGUGAGGUGAUGCCAGCAUAUACAGGUGUAAAUACAUUCAUUAGAGGACAUCAAAUGGGUUCUUACAUAAACACAUUUCAGAUUUUAUUUGUGGUGAUUUUUCUUUAUCCACUUACUAAUGGUGAAAGUACCAAAUAAAUGUCAAAGCGAGUAAUGUCAGAGGAAGUAUGAAUUGCUAUUUCUCAAUGUAGAGUUGGUAUGCCUCAUCUUUUAAUUCUACAAAAUUGAAAGACCUACUCUUAGUUUAAAGAAGUGCUUUAAUGUCAUGUCAUGUAUGGGUGCAUUUAGAAGGAAUUUUUUUCAUCGUAGGGAAGAGGGAGGAAGAGAAUGACCCGCUGAUGCAGGAAACUUCCCCAGCUGUCAUUGAUUCUUCUUCAUCUACUUCUUGUGAAUAAUUUCCCUUCCAAGCCGCCCGAGAAUGAAACAGAGUGAGAAAAUAGCGUUGUCAUCCAAAGCAAGUGCAUUGUAUUUUUAUAUCAUUGUAAUUUAUGAUGGUAUGUUGGAUUGUAAAUACGAGAAUGUUGGCAGGGUCGCCAUGACCAUAUGUGUCAGUAAACAUAAGCUAUUGGAUUCAUAGAAUAUGGGGUUUAUCAGUGGUCCAUUCAAAGAAUGUGACAAUAACUUGCAUCAUGUACAGAUAAAGAAGUCAUUUCAUCCCUGAGAUAUAUAAUCAUUUAUAUGUUAGUGAGAGCUGCAUAUCAUCCACUUGACCAAACCUUUUUCGAACUUAUAGUGAUAGAAAAGUUGUAAACACUGUAGUUACAUUACAAUUUAAAUGUUGUUGUACAUUCUCUGAACUGAAACCACUGAUGAAAAACCAUUUGCAGAAAAAAGUUGGAAAGGCAAUUACUCAAAAAAAUUUCAACCAUGAUACAAAGUUCAAAGAAAUAGCUGUUUAUAAUGAGUACAGUCUUGUAUUUUGCCAUAGACAAAAUUUGUGAGAAACAUAAUUUGCUUAAAGUGUAGUGCUUGGAAUAUGUUUGUGUACAAGCAAAACAAAAAACAAAACAAAACAAAAAAAAAGAGCAGCUGUAAAAAGAUUGUUUGGAGUUCAUAUCACACACUACAAAAUAGAGUAGAUCCUUUGUCAUAGCAUUUUUUGAGAGAAGGAAAGGAGAAGUGAUUAUUAUUUUUGCACCAACCAAUGUUUUUGUUUAUCCAGACAUUUUGGAUUCAGUAUUUCACAGAAUUCAAAAUCAAGAAAUGUAUUUAUAUUUUGUGAAGUAUCUAAACAAAAUUGACAUGGCCUAAACAUUAGAUAUUGUUUCGUUUGUGCAUAUUAUGGGAUAACCAACUGAUUACCUAACAGCUAGUUCUACAUAUCCAAAAUAUAAUGGAAAUAUUCACCUUACAUAUAAAUUUACGUAAAAAGUUUCUUGUCAGUAUUCUUUUUAGUAGUCUUUUGUAAAGUACAUUGAGCUCCACUAAACAAUAGGAAAUAUGUGUUCAUGGCAUAGUGAUCAAGGCCAUUGGAAUAAUUUUUUUGUUUGUUGAAAUAUUGUAAAGCACUAAUCUAAUCUACCAAGGAUGUAAUUUGGUAUCAAAUGAUGCUAUUUGAUAUACUAAAAGCUGUUCUUGUUUGUUCUGUUUCACAAAUGAAAUCAUAGGUCAUUGGCAUGCCAACUGUUUGACAUUCCAGUUUGUUUCAUAUUCAGAAACAAUAAAAUAUUAGAAGAA